AUGGAGGAGCGCAUCGCGGACGACGGCUCGAAGAUCUACACGGCUUUGCCCUUCGAGAUGCCGGGGGCGAUCAGCGUCAAGGUCAUGUGGGAGAGCAAGAAGGCCAUGAAUACGGACAUCCUCCUGACGCCCACAGGCCAAGAGGAGGCGAUGUCUCUGGAGUUGGACGACGCUGCGCGAGUGCUGCUGAGCACCCGGAACGCAGGGGAAGUGGUGAAGGUCGCCUUUAAGCCCGGCUUCGCCAAGAUCUCCCAAGGCCGCAUCUUUUGUGGCUUCGACCGCGCAUCCAGCAAGGGCGAAGGUAAGGAGGAGUUCGUGUUGAAAGCGCUGCCGGUGUUCGUGUUCCGCAGCAUCUCGCGGCACUCCAUCAACGAGCUGCUGGUGAACAGCCACUUCGAGGACAUCAUGAAGAUGCUGCUGCCCUCACCGGAGCACAACGCCACGGCCAUUCGCGGCGUGCCGCUGGCCGUGGUGCAGGCCUGCAACUGGUGCUACUCGGUGCUGGCCAAGGAGUUGGAGUCCGAUGAGAAGCUCGAAGGGCUCAACCCGGAAACGGUGCCCGUUUUUCCGUUUCUCCGCCUGGUGUUGGACAUCAUCCACCGGCUGGAAGCCGCGCGACCCGGAGAGCCCGAGCGGCUCCGGCACGUUCAGCUGGCGUUGCUGGAGGAGCAGGCGCGGUGA